GGGUUAGGUUAGCUCGAUAGCUCGUUGUUUAAAGUCGCGAGUUGUGAUUUGACGAUUAACCUUCCUUAUGUGAAAUUGAGAAAAUUGUUGUCCAGUUUUCAUUAAUUUGGCUAAACUUGAUAACAAUCCGAUAUUUGGUUGCCUUUAGUAGCUAAAACGUGACUUGAACAUAAUUUAUAAUAAGUGCAACAAUAUUAUGUUGGCCCAUAUAAUAUUUGUAUUUCAUUAUCUACAGAAUGUUGACCGUGGAAACUAUUUACAUUUAAUAUAAAUAUAAAAGAAUACGAUACGUUUACUUCCUACAAUUAUCGAGUAAACAAUGGAUAAAACGGGGAAAGUAUGUUCUCCUGCAGAAAUCGAGCAGAAACGCUUGUUAGCGUUGCAGAGGAGACAGCAAGCCCAACUGAAGGCACAAAGUACAUCUAAAACUGAUUCAACACCUCAACAAACAGUACACAAGGCUACUGAUAAUGUCAUAAGACUGGAUAAAUCAAAUAAUCGUUUCAAUCCUAUAGAACCAAAGAAUUUUUUUAGUAGACCGUUCACUAGACUAACAGGAAAAUGUUACAUGAUUAGUAACAAUAGGUUCACAGUAGAAACGUCAAUGUUUGUACCUACAAUUAUUGAUACAUUUAAAACAGUUCCAAGCAAUUUGUAUGAUGUAAAAACUAAGACAUGGAAUUUUCAUAUCAAUGAUUACAACAGUCUGAUGCAGAAACUGACUUGCCACAAUUUUGGAAUAUCUCUUACAAAAAUACCAGGGAAUGUUCUGCAGAUAUUCAAAAAGAACUCAAAGCUGGACAAUCAAGUGUUGGAACAGGAUUUAUCAAAUAUUGAUAAAAGAUUGAUGGACAAUGUGAUGCCGUUCCAACGAGAUGGCAUUUGCUAUGGCGUAUCAAAGGGUGGUCGUUGCAUGAUCGCAGACGACAUGGGUUUAGGGAAGACCAUACAAGCGUUAGGCAUAGCACAUUAUUUCAAAGAAAGUUGGCCACUUUUAAUCGUGGUGCCGUCAUCAGUCAGAUUCCAGUGGUCCGAAGCGAUCUAUGAGUUCUUACCGUCCGUGCCCACGCAUUACGUUCAUCAUUUCGUAAAUACGAGGGAUUGCAUCGGGGACGAGAGGAUCACCAUAAUAUCAUAUGACUUGUUAGUACGAGCUGUAGAUACUUUGGAGAGACAUAUCUAUGGAUUUGUUAUUCUGGACGAGUCUCAUGUGCUGAAGAGCAAUAAGACCGCAAGAUUUCAAGCUGUGCAGCGGAUAUGUGUGCAAGCGCGUCACGUCGUACUUCUGACUGGAACCCCGGCUUUGUCGAGACCGAUUGAACUCUAUUCUCAGAUUAGCCUCAUUAUACCGCGCUUCAUGAGAUAUGAAGACUAUGGUGUACGAUAUUGCGCAGGGCAGAGAACUGCGUUCGGUUGGGACUUCGCAGGUUCGUCGAACAUGCAAGAGUUACAGUUGUUGUUAAAAUCCACCUGCGUGAUACGAAGACUGAAAGCCGACGUGUUGAAUCAGUUACCAUCCAAAAUAAGACAAGUGGUCAUUUUGGAUCCAGAUUUGAUCAAAGCUGGCACCAAGCAGAUGGAGGAAAUGUCGCAACAGUUGCAGAAGAAGCUCACAGGCCUGGAAGGACACAAUGCCAUGCUGGAUUAUUAUAAUGAAUCUAGUUUUGCGAGAAUGAAGGCAGUACGCAAUUACGUUGCGAAUUUGUUCGAAAAUAAGAGAAAGUGUCUUUUAUACGCUCAUCAUCAGAAUGUCUUGAAUGCCAUUUGCGACGUUGCUGAAGCCAUGAACAUACGAUACAUAAGAAUCGAUGGCAAGACUAGUUCGGAACAAAGGAAAAUGCAGGUCGACACAUUUCAGCAACGCGAUGAUUACUUGGCAGCAGUUCUGUCAAUCACCGCCGCGAACGCAGGCAUUACGUUGACGGCUGCGCACCUCGUGGUUUUCACCGAAUUAUUCUGGAAUCCUGGUAUUUUGUGUCAAGCGGAGGACAGAGUGCAUAGAAUUGGACAGAACGAAAGCGUUAUAAUCCAAUACUUGGUCGCGAAGAAUACCGUGGAUGACUAUAUGUGGCCGUUGAUCAAGAAGAAGCUAAAUGUUCUAAACGCGGUCGGCCUGGACCAAAACUUCUCGAUAAACGACGUCAAUGUUACAACACAGAAAAAUAAGGAGCAACGAGACUUAAGUUUCUUUUUUGACAUCUCCUCAUCUUUCGCGGAAUCACAGCAGGAUAAAGAGCAGAAAGACUCGCAAACUUUGGAGAGCGAUAAAGAGCAAAAGCAUUGUUCAAACGUAGCAGCGUCUACUUCCGUAGAGAACGUUAAAGAAUUGCUCGAGGCCGACGAGGAAUAUUUUAACUUUUGUGAUUGGGAUGACGUUAUGUGACUGUACAGUAGUCUUGUUGAUAUGAAAUGUUCGCUAUUUUCGAAAAAUUAUUUUUCUAUGAGAUUAUAAUAAAGUUUCUAUAUAUAUA